AUGGCUAACAAUCGGUUCGGUUUAUUAUUCGAGGACGAUGAUGACAAGACCGUCGUACUUCCUCUACCCAAGAAGGUAUCCGUUGUGGCCGGAAAAAAGACAUCCGUGGAUCGUUCAUUUGUAGAAAACGCAAAUACCGGUGCCAGCAUUGUGGUGAAGCCACAACGCUCUGCAAGUUUAAGUGUCAACAGCAACACUUUGGCCGAAAACAAUUGGCCAGAUUACAACAAUGAGGUUGGUAAGCGUCCGGGCAAGGCGUAUUCAGCACGUUACCGCAAAAUGGAGAAAUGCGGUAGUCGCAAACGUGAGUUUGAUCGCCAGUCUGGAUCUAAUAAGACUGGCGUGAAGGCCGUGGAUAAACGCAAAGGCGGUGGAGCACACAACUGGGGAUCUGUGAAGCAGGGCAUCGAUGACUUCAAGCAGGUGGACAUGGACAAUGAGGACUCUGGCAAUGAGGAGACUAUUGCCGAGCCUUUAAUCAAUGAUACACACAAGCAAAUGGGUCUCGAUGAGUGGAAGGCUCUCAAGGAGCAGCGUCCCAAGCCCAAUUACAAUCUGCGCAAAGCUGGCGAGGGCGAGAACAACGCGGAAUGGCGAAAGAGGAUUGCUUUGGCCAAAAAGAAACAGUUGAACGCUGGAAAGGAUUCGAUCAAGCUCAACUCCAGUCUUGGACGUAAAACUGCUGAAGAGAAAAUGCUCCAAGGUGGACCAGACUCUGUUGUUACUAAGGGCAAAAAAGCGUCGCUCGAAGCUGGUGCCAUUGAAAGCCAUCUAGAACAAAUAUUUUGA